AUGAAGUUCUCAGCCAUCCUUGUUCUGGCCCUGGCCGUUGCGACCACUGCCUCCCCGCUGAUCGUGCCCCACGAAGAGCUGUGCAGCGAGAAGUCUGCCCCAGGAGGCUUCUCGCCCGCGAGCCUCAACGAGCCCGCGACUCUGGAAGUCUUUGAGGCCAUCGCUGAUGAGUUCAUCCUGACGCACAACACUACGGUCACGUGCGACGACUUUGUCAUUGAGCCCUUGAAGGCCUGCUCCCAGGUCGUGGCCGGCACCAACUAUGAGGUCAUCAUGCACAUCAUCUGCCCCGUCAGCGACACCACCAUCACCGUGUACGGAUCUGCGUAUACAACCCUCACUCAUGAGUUCAUCCUGACGCACAACACUACGGUCACGUGCGACGACUUUGUCAUUGAGCCCUUGAAGGCCUGCUCCCAGGUCGUGGCCGGCACCAACUAUGAGGUCAUCAUGCACAUCAUCUGCCCCGUCAGCGACACCACCAUCACCGUGUACGGAUCUGCGCACCUGCCACUGCCAGUCAAGGGCGGCCGGCCCCUGAUGGUGGGCGAGGUUGAGCAAGUCCCUGAGUAA